UUUUUUUUUCCUAUGUUUGGAUCCAUCAGCUCUUCUAGUAAUAGAACUGUCUCAAAAUCAGCAAAACAAGAGCUGGAAGAUACUAAUGCUGAACCCACAGAUCCUUGGAAUGAUACUUCAUUAAUCCAAUUUUGGCACAAGUCGAUCGAAUCUUACAAGUCCCACCACAAAAAGCCAACUACAUCAAUCGAUACUACUGAUCCUUUCUUACAAAUACGACAAACAAGUAGGAAAAGAACAGAUAUCAAUCAACAAGAGGAUCAAUCAUUCAACAGUAAAAGAAUCAAAACAAAAUAUUCCAAUAUCGACAAAGGAACUAGACAGGACAAUCAGCAAAAAUCGAAUAGUAAUGUGAAGCAACCACCAUCACCACCAGAACAACAACGAAAAGAAGAAGAACAAAAUGAUGUGGAUGAUCAAGACUACGAAGAAGAAGAAGAACAAGAUGAUGUGAAUGGUCAAGACUAUGAUCAUGAAGAAAAGGGUGAUUUAGGGGGAGAAACAUAUGAAGAAGAAGAAGAAGAACAGGAACAAAAUGAUGAUGGUUAUGAAGGCUACGAUUAUGGAUAUGGACAUGAUUACAAUCAUCAACAAUACUAUCAACCAUACCAACAACCUCCUUAUCCUGGAAAUAUACCGAACUUUGCACCACCACCACCGCUAUCAACUCCACAAGGUAAUGAGGCACUUACAAAUAUGAUUAUGGCGUGGUAUUACAGCGGUUAUUAUACUGGAUUGUAUCAGGCACAAUAUCAUCGGUGAAAGGUAAUUGAAAAAAACUCCUCUCCUCAGGCGACCUCACCUGGUGUGAAUCUAUACCAAUGAUUGGACUGCUGGUUCUGAAAAACAUUUUAAUUGGCCAACAAUUCCCUGUUUAUAUAUAAAGUGCUUCCCUCUUUUUUUUUUUAUACUCCCUUUUUUUCUUUCUUUUUUUUUAUUCCUUUACACUAUUCUAGUUUUGUACCUUUUUUUUAAAAAAA